AUGCUGAAAGUGUUUCAAGAUCCUUUCAAAAGAAGACUUGCGAUAUCCUACUUGUGGGAUUGGGUGCUGGUGAUUAUCAUGACAGCAGCAUUCUUUGCUAUUGAUCAAAUCACACCAUUUCAUAGAAUGUUCUCGCUUGAGGACAAGACCAUCAUGUUUCCAUAUGCCGAGAAAGAAUCUGUGCCAGUGUGGAUGUUGCUGAUUAUUUGCUUUGUUGCACCCAUUAUUGUCAUAGCUGGCAUCUCGCUCAGUGGAUAUGGUUACAGGAGAAGUCUUCAUGAUUUUCAUAGUGGUGUAUUAGGCCUUUGCUUGGGUUUAGCCAUGACAAUCAUGUUGACAGAUGUGAUCAAGGUUACAGCUGGAAGGCCAAGACCAGAUAUGCUUUCUCGUUGCCAGCCACCAGCAGAUGCCGUCGAUCCUAGAUUCGGAUUAACUAGUGUAAACAUUUGUACAACCGAUAUUUAUUCUCAUACUAUGAUUGAUGGCUUCAAGAGUUUUCCUAGUGGACACUCAUCAUUUUCGUUUGCUGGCUUGGGUUACUUGGCAUUUUAUAUUGCUGGUAAGAUCAAGAUGUUUGAUGAAAAGGGACACACCUACAAAGGUUUCUUGUUUGCAUUUCCCAUCAUUGGAGCCCUACUUGUUGCUAUUUCUCGCACAGAAGAUUACCGUCAUCACUGGCAAGAUGUCACCAUUGGAGCCUUAUUGGGUACAUUCUGUGCCUAUUUCGCCUAUAGACAAUACUAUCCAGGGCUUUCACAAGACUCGUGCCGAGACCCGUUUUUGACUCGUGUGGCCUACUGCAAGCGAGGUUUUGAUCUUGAAUCAGGCGGCGGCAACAGCAACGGAGCUGAUUCCACCAUUGCAUUACUCAACUCGCAAUCACACAAGCAACCUGGCAUGCCCAAAAAUCUAGGUAAAUAUCAACAGGAUGAUUUCAACAGCGAAGCAUCAGGUCAAUCCGAUUACAACCAUCAUCAACAUGUGCCACUAGAUUACGCAACAGAGAACUUAAUGUUAAAUCAUACGGAUUCAAAUAAUAGCACAUCUCCAUUGACGGGUGCACCAAGGAGAAAUCAAUAA